AUGGCAGACGGCCUCGGGCCAGGCCCAUCAUGGACAGGCACUAUCCUCCAAGCGCUAUACAUCAUGCGUCUAAGUAACUGGAUAGCGAUGGCUGCAACCUGUCUGGUGGCAUACGAUAUCCUCCUCACCCUGCCAGCGGAAAUCACCUACAUAUGGCUUUCACCCCCCCGCACCUGUUCCGCACCUGCUCAAUCCCCCCUCGCCCGGAUAGGGCAAACGAUCUCCGCCCGCAGACCAACCUUUCUCACUUUGUUGUACUUCCUCGACCGGUACGGCGUGCUCCUCCAAGCCGCGCUCUGCAAUAUCGCGAAUAUCGACGCUGGCUUGUCCUCCGAAGCCUGUGAGAGGUGGACGUUGUUCAACAACUGGAGUGUGCCUAUCGGGAUGCUUGUUGUCGAAGUCAUGCUGGUGCUACGCGUCUCCGCUCUCUACCUCAACAACAGGAGCAUCCUCUUCCCCCUCCUCCUACUCUGGUUCUUCGCCCUCGCUCUGAUGUGCAUCUUCCUCUCCCUCGGCCUAUCCACCACCCACCCCGAACCCUCCCUCGCUGCCCAAGUCACAGGCUGCCUGCUAGGCGGAGUCCAGCAUCUCUUCUGGACGAUCUGGCUGCCCAGCCUCGUGCUAGAAAGCACGCUCUUCCUCCUUAGCGCACUGAUAAUCCUGAGGCACAUAAGAGAGGGAGUGAGAACGGAUGUACUCCGGCUCAUGGCGAGAGACGGGUUCAUGUACUUUGUCGUUAUAUUCUUUUUGCUGCUGACCAACGUCCUCGUUCCCCUACUCGCAUCCAUGCCCUAUUACAGUAUAAUGAACCCCAGACUGACCCUCUGCCUGACCUCCAUCCUCUGCUCGAGGCUGUACCUCAACCUCCGCCGUGCGGCGUAUAGGAAACGCCUGCGAGAGGUGUCCCAGUUUAGGGAGAGGACGUUCGUGAGCGAGUGGACGAUACCUGAGGAUCUGGAUUUGGGAGAAGGGGGGGAUGUGUAUGUGGGAAUGGACGUGGGGGAGGGGGACUGCGAGGACCGGCCGGUGCAGCGGCAUGGGGAGAAAGAGGAGAAGAAUGUGGAUAUGGAGAAAGCGAACGAUAGCAAGUUGGAGCACUCUUCCCUCUGGUCGCGAACCGAAGACUGGGGGUCUGUCGUCUCCCGCACCACAAGCACGACCCCGGCCGGGACGAGCAGUCCUAGCACGCGUGCGAGCUCGGCUUAUGCUGAUGCUGGGCUGGGGAAGGGGUUUGAAGUGGAGUUUAGGGCAAGGGGGUGGUUUGAGAGCUCGUGGGGUACUAUGGACACGGGGUGAGCUGCGCCGAGUCGUUGACAUCUCCACUCCACGGUCGAUGGACGACCAACCCUCCGAACACAUGAACAACUGGCACUGGACUGUCAGGAAAGCGUCGCCCCUCUGCCGGCCGAAGCGAUCCGCAGAUCCGCUUCAUCUGGCCACGGGGAGGAACCUGCAGACCCUGGCACGGAACGGAAGAUCCUGAGCAUAUGCCGUCAGGAGAAGGGGAUGCCGUGUGGGGCCCCAGUCUUCCUUGAUCUUUAGAUGGAGGCGUACGUUAGAGGGAUGGGUCACAGGGUUAGUCUACUAGGCUUCCGUGAAUAAU